AUGCCUCGUCCACCGAGGCGUACACGCGCCGUGUCGACGCGCGCUGCGGCCGUGGCGAAUGCUUCACCAACAAUGUCUGGCGAGCAUGCACUCGACAAAGUCACCACGACCGGCGCGGAGAAGCAGACCCCGGCAACGUCUGAAAGUAGCAACGACGGCCGUCGCCGAUCGCGUCGGAGCGGUGCCGCAUCACAAGCACCCGACAGGACGAGCAGCGACGCCUCUGGGGCGAGCAACCGUGAGCUUAAGCGGCGCACGUCGUUCCGCCAGACGGCGACCACAACCUCAGCACAUAUGGCUGAGAAGACAGCGGCUAUGGCCCCAAGGCAAACACGUGGGCCCGACGCUUCAGGCCUCGACAUCAUGGACGACACGUUUGCUGACAUUGAUACAAAUUUUGGUGACCACGACUUGGGCGACCUGGACGACGAUCUCGACGCGUUUGAUGGCCUAGACGGUCUCCACUCCUCCCCAGUGGCCGCUGGAGAGACCGUAGCAAAUGCCCCGCAUGCAGCUGACAGUACAUCUUCGACGUUCAACGUCGGCCUCUUCCGCCGUGGCCGGCCACGCCAGUCUAGCAUCCACAGCCGUGAUGAUGCCCCCAUCCGCCCAAGCAGCCGCAGCGGCGCUACCACGCCAAGCUUUGGAUCGACUCUCAAUCUCGGCACGUUCAAGCGCCGUGCUCGCGAGCCGAGUAUCUUGGGCCGCCGGAGAGACACGUCUCGCCACAAAAGCCGGGAUCAUGACAUCGACGCCUCGGGCAGUGAGAUGGAUACGGCACUAUACACGUCGGAUGCCGAGUCGUCAUCAAUGGCGACACGGCGUCGUGCCGGACGCACCUCGCGUGCGUCUGUAGCCUCUCGGGUGGCCCAAGUUGCUCAGUCCGCUCAACACGUCGCCGAUUCGUCCAUGUCCUCUGUGAGCAACACGACCUCGAUGCUCGUGAUGUCGAGGACCAGGACACGGGCAGCUGCGAAGCGCAAGUCGGAGGAAGGCCAACGCGAGGACAAACUGCCCAAGAGACGUGCGGUAGAAGAGGCUGCGGCGGCAUCCCUACCUCCAAGUGAAACUGGCGUCCUGCAGUCGGUCGAGAUGUCCUUGUCAUCCCCGCUCUCGUCACCACCGCGCCAAUCCUCGCCGCCCACGUCAGAUGCAGACCGGCGCCGUCGCUACGCUACCCCUGGCGGCCCUGAUGACGAGGUUAUGGCGCCGCCCCUCAGCAGCGGGUCAUCGUCAGCAAGCCCCACGAUGUGGCCUUCCCUGAAGGGUCUGUCCAACGCCGGCCGCCGUGGCAGAGUCAAUGAUGCAGACGUGGUGCCAAUGGUUCCCCUGUCGCGGCAGACUCCGGAUCUUGUCGAUGACGAUGACGCAUCCGAUAUUUCGUCACCACCUUCCCUGACGCACUCUCCCAAUUACCGUACCGCCAGACCAAAAGCCAAGGGAAAAGCGGCCAACACACGCAAUGCUACACAUGCAAACAAGAGUAUGGCACCCUUGACGACUGCUGCACUGGCUGCCCUCCUGCCACAGCGCCGCCGCCGUGGGCGGCGGGGAGGCAAUAACGACGAUGCUUCGGAUGCUGACGACGGCGACAAUGAGCUUGAACGGUCGGCUCUUUUGAGUGAGGACGAUGACGAGCUUGCACAUGGCCCACAGCGGAGUGUAUUGCGCCGCGGCCGGAGCGCUGCACGUACACCGGCAACCAUGCCCGCUCCUACAGCACUACGCAGCGCAUCCAAGGCUGCAGCAGGUACCCGCGUGUCUGCCACCAAGGCAUCCACAGGGAAAUCGAAACGUACAUACGGUUCGCGCAGCUUCUCUGACAAGGAGAACCAAGAUAGCACAAUCACGGACCUGGAUGCCGACGACAGCACAUUCAGCCCGCUUCCCGACGACGCCUUUGGCGAUGAAACGACCACCGAGGUGCUUCCGACCACAGCUACGGGACAGGCGCGCUACUUUGGCGAAGAGCUAGAGAAUGCCUCGAAGAAGUUCAAGGAGGUCGACCGGUGGGCGCUGGAGUUUGAGAUUGUGUCUCGGGAGUCGUCCCCUAUUGGUGCCCGUUAA